UCACAGUAACCCUGGUUGGAGUGGUUUGAAGCUUGCGCUUAUUUGCGCAAAGGAUUAAUUAAUUUCAACAAACAGACAUUUAAUUGAUUUGUAGAUCGUUUUUCAAUCCACUCGAGCCAACUAAGCAACCGAACGCGGGGUACGGGCAUUAGUUUUUCCCCCUGUUUUUUUCCAGUUGGAAAACGAUUCAUCUGUACCGCCGGUACGCUGCAGUGGUAUUGGUGCGCAGGGCCAAUUGUUCUCCGGCGGCGGCUACGGUUGUCAAGGUGGUGUGCGAGGAUACGGCUCUAGCGUCCUUGCGUAUAGGUGCACGGUGUUUGUGUGUCCGUGCUUCGUUUAAAUGCCCUACAGGGAAAGCAGCGCCAUCAACGGCCAUCAGCUGGAAUUAGAGCGGCGCACAAAACCCAAACCCAAAACCGCAGCAUCAUCAUCAUCAUCAACACACACAUCGCUCGUCGGGCCCGUUGCUUGGUGUGGCGGUUGCGUGGUCGUCGUCCUUCGUCCGCGUCGAGAGAUUUCGUCCGUGUUUGUUGUUCCGAUUUCGCUUGGUCGUACGCAGAAUAAUGGCCGCUUCGGGAGCGUGGUGUUGAUGGUUUCUCGUGGUACGUGAAGCUCCGGUGGCGGUGGUACCGUUUUGUUUGUGCAAUCAUAUUCGAUCUUAAUUGGGAGCACGAGGCUCAAGACGUUUUGGUGAAAGAACAUUGGGCGGACGGUUGCUGUGGUUAGCACGUUGUCCUUUUAUUGUGGUGCACCAUCGGUGGAUAGAUGUGUCGAGACAGGCAGUGAAUCACCAGUCUGCUGAUGCGUAUCCCUUCGUAUCGGUUGGCGAUUUUCGGCAGUGCAGCAUCCCAAAUCACCACCAUCAGUUCGUGUUGUGCUUGAGUCCGGUCGAAAAGUACAAUUCCCGUGGUUCAGGUUGUAGUAAAGGCUUCUAGAGCAUGGAUCCUCCGCACAAUCCAUUCAACUUUCAUCUAGGCCCACCGGCUUCCCACGGCGUUCACGGCCACCAUCCGGAACCUACACCGAGCCCUCCGCAAAGUGUCCCAGGACGCAGAACUCCACUUGGCACCGUGGGUCUCGGCGGGUUCUACGCCCAACCUCACGCAUCUUCGUCUGCCCAUACCGACGAAAAUCGGCCCUCGGGAAGUUCUGAAAGCCCACCGCCUCAUCAUCACGCAUCCGUCCCACCGGGUGGUCCUGGGAAGCAGAAAAAUCGUCAAGGCAAAUCGGUACGGCUGAACAUUAACGCACGGGAACGUCGACGAAUGCACGAUCUUAACGAUGCACUGGACGAGCUGCGUAGCGUUAUUCCCUACGCACAUUCGCCUUCGGUGCGAAAGCUUUCCAAGAUUGCCACGCUGCUGUUGGCGAAGAACUACAUUCUCAUGCAGGCGAAUGCCUUGGAUGAGCUUAGAAGACUGCUAGCCUACAUACAGAGUGCUGCCGGUGCCAGCAUCCCAACGGUGGACUUACGCACGAUGCCUUCGGCCCUCAAGCUGCAGCAGCUUCUGCAGGCUCCCCAUCAGGAUCUAACCCUCCAGCAGGUUGGUGGCUCUUCGUCAACCAGCACGACCAGUCAGCCACCACCACCGCCUCCACCUGCCCCUAGUCAGAAUCCUUAAAGCAUGUUGAGCCUCUCGCGGGGGUGUUCGCUUGUGCCAGUCUAGUCACCGUGUGGUGUGAAAUGCUACAAAUGUAACGAUUUGCAAAUCUACUAAAUUUAAGAUUUCCAAAGCCUGUAGUGUGAUUAAGAUUUUUCUGCAACUACUCUCUUCUAGUCGAUCUAAUUUUGUAACGGUAUAUAUUUGUGUUUCUUUUUCUAUCCACUAUCUGUGUAUCGUGUUUAGAGCUGCGUACCUUGUAGGGUUUUAGAGAAGCAAUAGCAUGGUUGCCAAAUUAAGUUUAAGAAUUUGUGAAUGAAAACAAUAAAACACAUUAAAAUGAA